GGGGUAAUGGGGGGCAACAAAGUAUGGGGUAGGAAGAGUGGCUUCAACUUUCGUCUAUAGUAGCUUCGAGUGGUUAGCAUCCGAGUAUCUCGUGAACAAGCUUCAGCCACCCAAGUUUAGCUUCAGAGUUCCGGAAAGAGCACGCAUGACCACCCCCUUUCCCAGUGUCAACGAAGAAGUAUUUAUCCAUGCGCGAUCCUCCAAAAGAUGAGCUCCUCAAAUAAUGGCUCAUACAUCCUCUUACGAUAACUCCAAACCGACUGCAGUCCACCUCGAGAUGGGUCCCGAGCAAGGGUUCGAGGACAAGGCUGAUCUUUCUGGCCAGGCUGCUACGGAUGAGCAUGGUCACUCUCUGCUGCACUUCGAUCCGGCUGCUGAGCGUCGCCUGGUGCGCAAAAUUGACCUUUAUAUCGUCCCAACCGUCGCGAUGUUAUACUUGUUCUGCUUCAUCGACCGUGCAAAUAUUGGAAACGCCAGGCUUGCGGGAUUCGAGAAAGACUUGCACUUGACCGGCUUGGACUAUAACAAGGUCUUAUCAGUGUUCUAUAUAUCCUACAUCAUUUUUGAGAUUCCAUCUACCGUGGCAUGCAAAAUCCUAGGACCUGGUUGGUUCUUGCCAGGGACCGCUCUAGGGUUUGGAAUCCUUACUGUUGCUUUCGCUUUUGUACGGGAUAUUCAGACUGCUUGCGCUGUUCGUUUCCUCCUUGGGAUGUUUGAAGCUGGAAUGCUGCCUGGUAUUGCUUACUACAUGUCCCGUUGGUAUAGACGUUCAGAGCUUGCUUUCCGACUCGCACUUUAUGUGAUGAUGGCCCCCCUUGGAGGCGCAUUUGGCGGCCUGCUCGCUUCGGCCAUACUGAGACUGGACUCCUUUGGAUCAGUACACACUUGGAAGAUGAUUUUCGCCAUCGAAGGAAUUGUCACUAUUGGGCUGGCCCUUCUUAGCUUCGUCACAUUGACCGACCGACCGGAGACGGCUCGCUGGUUGAGUCAUGAAGAAAAGCUACUGGCAAUCAAUCGCCUGAAAUCGGAAAGGGUUGGGACGACUGAGGUUCUGGACAGAAUGGACACCAAGAAAGUCCUUCGGGGGAUCCUGAAUCCAGUCGUACUGGCAACUUCCUGGGUCUUCCUUCUCGCCUGCAUCACAGUGCAAGGUCUAUCCUUCUUUGCACCAACCAUCAUCAGGACGAUCUAUCCAAACGCUACAGUCGUUCACCAACAGCUUUUGACAGUACCACCUUUCGUUCUGGGAGCGACUGCCAUUCUCGUCGUAAAUUUUACUAGCUGGAAGACAGACAAACGGAACAUAUAUAUGGGCGUCAGUGCGCUACCAGUAAUCGUCGGCUACAUCAUGUUUCUUGCUAGUACCAACGCUAAAGUGCGGUACGCUGCAGUUUUCAUCAUCGCAACCGGUGCCUUUAACUCUGGAGCUCUUUGUAACGCCCAGGUGGCAGCCAAUGUCGUAAGCGAUACGGCUCGAUCAUCAGCCAUCGGAACAAAUGUGAUGUUUGGAAACAUCGGUGGGAUCAUUUCGACUUGGGCAUUCCUUCCUGGCGACAAACCGAACUAUCCAAUUGGCAAUGGCUUAAACCUGGCGGCACAGAGCCUUAUCCUUAUUACAUGUGUUGGCAUGGCUCUUUGGAUGACAAUGGACAAUAAGCGCAGACAGCGGAAAGAUGUGGCAGCGGAACUCAGUGGACUGAGUCACGAAAAGAUUGUAGACCUCGAUUGGCGCCAUCCUGGGUUCGAGUGGCGACCGUGAGGGAAGAACCAUCCCGCGUGCCAUCAGCGUCCACACUCGGUAGGCAUGAAAUGUACCUUGGUUUUCCAAUUGUGAUGAAAUCCAAGCUUGUAUAGUUUUGGGGCCUUUGAUGUGUUUUAGGAAAAAUUAUGCUGCUCUUGAGUCUAUUAUUUGACGAUUAUAUGCAAUCUAGGGUUGGC